GGAGAGAAAGAAAGAAAACGCACCCCUGCGAGGAUUCAUCGCCAUCCCGUUCCCUCUUCCUCCUCCUCGUCAUCAUCAUCUUCUACCCCCUCCAAGCCCUAGCCCUAGCCCUAACCCUAAUGCGAAGGUCUCUCCGAAAACCCUAGAAAUUUCACGAUGCCAUCGCACGCGGAUCUCGAUCGCCAGAUCGAGUUCCUGAGGGGAUGCAAGUUCCUGCCGGAGAACGAGGUGAAAGCCCUCUGCGAGCAGGCGAAGGCGAUCCUGAUGGAGGAGUGGAACGUUCAGCCGGUGAAGUGCCCGGUCACGGUCUGCGGCGACAUCCACGGCCAGUUCUACGAUCUCCUCGAGCUGUUCAAGAUUGGAGGGGAUCUGCCUGAUACCAAUUACCUCUUCAUGGGGGAUUAUGUAGAUCGUGGUUAUUACUCGGUGGAGACUGUCACACUUCUAGUUGCUCUGAAAGUUCGUUACAGAGACAGAGUUACAAUUCUUAGAGGAAAUCAUGAGAGUCGGCAAAUAACCCAAGUGUAUGGAUUUUAUGAUGAAUGUUUGAGAAAAUAUGGAAAUGCAAAUGUAUGGAAAUAUUUUACUGACCUUUUCGAUUACCUGCCACUUACAGCCUUGAUUGAGAAUCAGGUUUUCUGUCUGCAUGGUGGUCUUUCCCCAUCAUUGGAUACCUUGGAUAAUAUUCGUGCUCUUGACCGUAUACAAGAGGUUCCUCAUGAAGGCCCGAUGUGUGAUCUUCUGUGGUCUGAUCCAGAUGAUCGAUGUGGAUGGGGAAUAUCACCAAGGGGAGCUGGGUACACUUUCGGGCAGGACAUUGCCCAACAAUUUAAUCACACAAAUGGUCUCUCUCUUGUUGCCAGAGCCCAUCAGCUUGUUAUGGAAGGUUACAAUUGGUGUCAGGAUAAAAAUGUUGUCACUGUAUUCAGUGCUCCGAACUACUGUUAUCGUUGUGGUAACAUGGCGGCAAUAUUGGAAAUAGGGGAGAAUAUGGAUCAGAACUUUCUCCAGUUUGAUCCAGCACCAAGGCAAAUCGAGCCAGAUACUACACGCAAAACCCCUGACUACUUUCUGUGAUCUCUUGGAUAACCCUUCCUCCUACUCGGUACAAAUACUAGUACUUUUACUACAGUGCCCCCCUGUAGAUUUUUCCUUGGAAAAGAGAGUUUUGGUAAAAUGGAGACGUACAGCAUCAUCAUUCUUUUGCUGCUGCUUCUAUAGUUUAAGAGAACUCGGUAGGAUUUUUCUUGCGUAUUGUUUUGGUAUUUUAUUAUCAGAAAUGAGAAGCAGCGAUACGUAGCCCUCUGAGAGAACAUGCAAGUUCUCUCUUUUUCAUGUACGCAUAUGUUAUUUAUUGAGCAAUAACACUGAAAGGUUUCUGUUGUUUAUAUAUGCACAUAGUGUAUUGAGCUACAGCACAGAACAUUCGUUUGUUUCUAAUGCAGAUAGUUUACUGAGCAA